CUCGUCGAAUGACUAAGAGAGGUUAAAAUUCGCUAUAUAAACAGAGUAAACAUACUGUUAGUAUAUUUUUUAAACAGGCAUGUGACAAGAAUAUAUAAUAUUCUUAAAAUGACAGACGAGAAAACACAAACGCAAGAGUUUAAAUUAGAUCCAGAUUGUGAAUUAAGAUUCGAAGUUGAGACAAAAAAUGAAAAGGUUACAGUUGAGUUGAAAACUGGUUUAGCAGAAGUAUUUGGCACUGAAUUAGUAAAAGGAAAGAAAUAUGAAUUUAGCGCUGGAGCUAAGGUUGCAGUCUUUACUUGGCAGGGUUGUACGGUAGAGUUGGUUGGAAAAACUGAUGUUAGUUAUGUUGCCAAAGAGACUCCAAUGGGUCUUUAUUUAAAUUGUCAUGCAGCAAUGGAAAGACUUAGGGAAACUGCAGAGAAAGAUGAUACCAGGGGUCCAAUAACUAUGGUUGUAGGUCCUUGUGAUGUUGGAAAAUCUACACUUUGUAGGUUAUUAUUGAACUACGCAGUUAGAAUGGGUCGCAGGCCCAUUUUUGUAGAUUUAGAUGUUGGCCAAGGACAUAUAGCGAUACCUGGUACUGUUGGAGCAUUAUUAGUGGAACGUCCAUCUAAUAUAGUUGAAGGUUUCAGUCAACAAGCACCAUUAGUCUUUCACUUUGGACAUAAAUCUCCACAGGCUAAUGUUGCUCUUUAUAAUCUCCUCGUGACACGCCUUGCAGAGGUCUGUUCUGAUAGACUUCAAGCUAAUAAGAAAGCCAGAGUUUCAGGAAUUGUAAUAAACACUUGUGGUUGGGUCAAAGGAGAUGGUUACAAAUUAUUGACUCAUGCUGCUCAAGCUUUUGAAGUAGAUGCUAUUUUAGUACUAGAUCAAGAAAGACUUUAUAAUGAACUUGUUCGAGAUAUGCCAGACUUUGUUAAAGUUGUUUUUCUACCAAAAAGUGGUGGAGUUGUAGAAAGGAGUCAAGCACAGAGAGUAGAAGCUAGAGAUCAAGGUGUUAGGGAAUAUUUUUAUGGAUCCAGAACACCAUUAUAUCCUCAUAGUUUUGAAGUGAAAUGGAGUGAAGCUAGAUUGUACAAAAUUGGUGCUCCAGUAUUACCCGCAUCCUGUAUGCCACUUGGAAUGAAAGCAGAAGAUAAUUUAACAAAACUGGUAGCUGUUACACCGGGACCAAAUCUUUUGCAUCAUUUACUGUCAGUCUCAUUUGCUGAUUCACCAGAAGAUGAUGUAGUACAAACUAAUGUGGCUGGAUUUGUUUGCGUAACCAAUGUUGAUGUAGAGAGACAAACAUUUACAGUGCUAAGUCCGCAACCUAGGCCACUGCCAAAUACAGUUUUAUUACUUUCAGAUAUUCAAUUUAUGGAUAGUCAUUAAUGUUUUUAUACAAAUUAUUAUUAUUUAAAAUAAU